AUUAUUCGACAUUUAUUUUGCGCAGUUAUAUUUACUUGGUUAAAACCAGUACUGUUGUUAAUAAUGUAUUUUUAACGUAGCGACUUUAAUAUUAAUAAAAAAAUUGUCUAAACGUGUUUAUUUCUGGAUAUUACAGUGUAUUUCUCUCCUGAAUUCUUGAAGUUUAAUAACGAUUGUCAAAAUUCAACAAUAUAAUAAUGAAUUUCGGCGUCCCUUUGCACGUGGUUUAUUUUGUACAAAUCAGCCCUUCAUUCAUCUAAUCUAUUCAAAUGGGAGACGGCUGAAAACAUAAACCAUGGUUUUACGUUUUGUUGUGAUACUGUGCUGCAUCAAGCUCAUUUCCUCGUUUGUUUCAUAUCAGCCAGAGCAAGUGCACCUGUCAUAUGGAGGAAAUCCAUAUGAAAUUGUUGUAAUGUGGAGCACAACCAAUCAGACGAAUGAAUCUGUAGUUGAAUAUGGAAUUGGUGGUCUUAUAAAACAAGCAACAGGGCUGUCAACAUUAUUUGUCAGUGGUGACAAUGAGACCAGGAGCCAGUAUAUUCACAGGGUGACUCUUCUCCAGUUGACACCAAGAAGCAAAUAUGUGUACCACUGUGGCAGUGACCAGGGGUGGUCAGACCUUUUCUGGUUUAUGACAUCAUCCGAUGAAUCCACGUGGACUCCUCAGCUGGCAAUAUUUGGUGACCUGGGUAAUGAAAAUGCCAGAUCACUGCCACAUCUACAGGAGGAAGUUCAGCGUGGCAUGUACGAUGCAAUCUUGCAUGUUGGUGAUUUUGCAUAUGAUAUGGACUCUGAAAAUGGACUCAUUGGAGAUGAAUUCAUGAAGCAGAUACAACCAAUUUCUGCUUAUGUUCCGUACAUGACAUGUCCAGGAAAUCACGAGGAAGCUUACAACUUCAGUAACUAUCGAGCCCGUUUUAAUAUGCCGGGUAACUCGGAGGGUCUGUGGUACAGUUUCAACAUGGGACCAGUACACUUCAUUUCUGUAUCAACUGAAGUGUAUUACUUCUUGGAAUAUGGGCUGAAGCUGGUCACUAAGCAGUAUGCAUGGUUGGAACAGGACCUUCAGGAAGCCACAAGUCCUGAAAAUCGCAGUGUCCGUCCUUGGAUUGUCAUGUAUGGGCACCGUCCAAUGUACUGUUCCAACACUGGUGAUGAUGACUGCACACAUUAUGGAACUUACACUCGUGUUGGCCUGCCUUUCCUGCAUUGGUUUGGUAUGGAAAAGUUGCUGUAUGACUAUGGUGUUGAUUUAGUCAUAUGGGCUCAUGAACAUUCAUAUGAGCGUUUAUGGCCACUGUAUGACUACAGAGUCCAUAAUGGAAGCUAUGAAGAGCCGUAUCGUGAUCCAGGUGCACCAGUUCACAUUAUUUCAGGAUCAGCUGGUUGUAAAGAGGACACCAGUCCAUUCAGGGGAGAUCUCCCAUACUGGUCAGCAUUCCGCAGCACUGACUAUGGCUACAUGAGGAUGCGAAUCUUCAACAAGACACAUUUGUACAUGGAGCAGAUAUCUGUGGAUAAGGAAGGUGAAGUGAUUGACCAUAUCUGGCUCAUCAAAAAUAGUCACGGGUCAUAUGCAUAGAUGAAGGGCAUCACCACAUGAGACCAGACAUUAAAAGGUUUUAGUUUUAUAGUUACAUGAUACACAGUACAGGUGGAUAUACUUAACAUUCUGUGCAUGACAUUCACACUAGAUCAACUUGGUGUACUUGCCUUCAAACCACCAAAGCAGAAGAGGUCAGUUCAUUGUUGUUCAAUCAGUACAGGAUCAAUAGAUGGCAUCAGAUGUGA